CUCCACCACAUUCAUCCAAGCCUCACCGAUUCACCUUCCACUCUCCAGUUCUGAAUAUCGUGCAUCGUCCUGAAUCACACACAAGCUGCGCAAGGAACCAUGUCUACGCCUUACAACACGUCAUCCCAGAGCCAGGGCUACUAUCCUCCUCUCCCUGCGCAUCCUCCAGCGCAACAAGCCACUGGCACGCCAGACCCGUCGCAAGUCGCGAGUACCUCUGCGCAGGCACAGCAGACAACCGCGCAGUCAUCGCGACAGACAGCAGAGGAAGCACGGAAAGACCGCACAUUGGCUGAGUUCCUCCUUAUGCUGGACGAUUACGAGCCCUUGAUACCGAACGAGGUCACGGACUACUACCUCCAGCGGGUCGGGUUCGAGUGUGAGGAUGUCCGACUUAAACGUCUCCUCUCCCUCGCGGCGCAGAAGUUUGUAUCCGACAUCGCUGCAGACGCGUAUCAACACGCCCGGAUACGUUCCAACGCGGUGGGUGGUAGGGCCCGUGCUCAGCCCUCAGGGCCGGCAUCAGCAAGGGACAAGACAAAGACCACACUCAUGAUGGAGGAUCUCACUUCGGCUCUGGCAGAGUAUGGCAUAACGUCUCGCAAGCCCGAGUAUUACUUGUAAUGUAGACGCCAAGGUGCGGACUUGUCUGUAUGAUGUGUACUAAUAUGUUUCAAUCUUUCACUAUGCAAUAACAUCUGACGAUGACAUUAUGGAGAGGGUGCUCUUUUCUAGUCUCGUAUUGGCCAUGGCGUGUUCGGAUACGUCAUGUGUAUUCGAU